AUGGCAGGACGAUCACUCGGUGACAGCGCAACUGCUGCAUUGUGCGGACUGCUGAGUCUGUUGCCUGAUGAUGGUAGUGCAGCAGAGCGGGAAUUAGCGUCACUAUCGCUAGUAGUGAACUUCCGCCACGUUGUCCCUUCCAGUGUGCUGCAAGCACUCCAGUCAUUGGCCACAGUAGAAAAGUACUCGCACUCGCUGCAGCGCUAUCCGCUGGUUAAACAGGCGUUUUGGGAGCAAGUGUUUGCCUCAGAUCUCAUGCUUACAGGCUCCAAGACAGGCAGACAGCAGCUGAAGCUUCAGCACGAGCAAUUUCCGAGACUCGUGUUAGAUUUCUCGCGCUUUCCACUUACCACUGAGCUGCUGGAAAUUCUAGCAGAGUUCUUCGCGCAGCGGCACGAGACGCCGCCACGGCCACGGUCUGGGCCGUCAGGUGCAAAGGCGACGAAGGACACAGCGUCGUGUAGUCGGCUAGUUCCGGUGGUGUUGAAGCUCGUCCGGUGUAGACUGACGGCGGAUACGAUCAAGAGACUAACGACAGUGCUGGUGCCGAAACGACGAGCUCGUGAUUUUCGUUCGGUUAGGUUUUGUGUGACGUCGCUCGACUUGAGUGAGAAUUCGAUGCGAAGGGACGAGUUGAUAGCUCUGGCAGAGCUAUUAGACGAGUAUCGGCGACCGAGAGUGCGUCAAUGUGAGCUGUCGCUCGAGGAGCUCGUGUUGGAAAACGCUUUGAGCCGAACACUUUCACCAGAGAACUGGGCGUCGUUCCAAGCAUUUGUGAGCGCAGCUAUUGGCGUUAAUGAGGGUUACAGGCCGUCAUUGAAGCGGUUGUCAUUAGCAAGAAACUCCUUGAGCUGCCACCAUAUCGGCUGUGUUUGCUCGGCUUUGAGAUGUGAAAGCACAGCACUGGAAGACCUCUCGCUUGCACAUACGUUUUCGCUCGUAGAUCCUGUUGACCGCAAAGUCUGCUGGCAAUGGCUGGCUAUCGGUCUUCGACCUACGAUUUGUCGCGGUCGGAGGCCAGGACUUCAUAGAUUGGACUUGUCGGGGAAUCCGCUAUUUCCGAUGGACAGCGAAGCGUGGCUCGAAGGUAUUCGCGAUCACCAAACGACGGUCUUAAAGUGGCUCGGAGACGUAGGGCUUCAGGUGCGUCCCGGCCGAACUACAGCAGUUCGUUGUCUGUUAUCCAGUAGUACGGAGCUGUACUCGUCUCCAUCGGAAGCCUCUCCGCGGCUGCUUAUCACUGAGAAAAAGGUCAGAGCAAUUAGUCUGAGGGCCAAAUCCAUGGAGUAUGAAGUUUUGGCUUCUCUUCCAGGCGACACCGCAUGGCUCUGUGUUUUAAUCCCAGCCUUUGGUGUGGCAUGGACUCGGGCAGAAUGCGCAAUGUCGUGGGAGCAUACCGAAGACGCUCGAAAGAGCGCUUCGGUAAUAUUGUCGGAGCUCGUGAUGAACGACAUGGCUGUCUCUCGGACUACCACAGAUGCGCUUGAGAGCUUCGUUGGAGGUUUUCGUGGGCAACUGCGAUCGUUAGAGCUACGGCGCAACGCGCUGUCCGCCAUGGAUCUGGACGCAAUUCUAGCCGGCAGUCAGCAUCUUUACAGCCUGGAUGUAGAAGGCUGUAGAAUACUUCAGCUCCAGCUACUUGUCGACGCUCUGCGUGGAACCUUAGGCCAAAGUCUCCGGAAAUUGAACCUGAACGCCAACCUUGUUGGUGCCGACGCAAUGAACGUGCUGACAGCAUCUUUACGUGGGCAAGCACCAGAUCAGAUCCCGGUGCUGCAAGAAUUGCGCGUUGCGCACAACGAGAUUGGUGCCAACGGUGUCCGCCAUCUCCAUGCUGCGUUAGAAGCUAACAAAAGCUUGAUGCUGCUGGAGAUCGAUCUGCCGCAUGACGACGCAGAGACAUCUCGAUGGCGUGAUGAUGAUGACUACACUCAGCUAUAUCGGACCCGUUGCAUGAGGUUGGAUGCGUCCUUUGCGAAUGAGCUACUAGGCGUUACACCACUGCCUAUUGCUCGCAAGGUCACGUUCUUGCUGGUGCUGAAUGCACACGCUGUUGUACUAGACCGAGGCAUCUGCGCUGCUAUCUUUGGUUUUGCAGCGGACGAGAAGCGCCGCCGCAUCCUUUGGAAUCCUGUCCCCGCCACGUAG